UUCCAGCCCUACAUUCCUCCAGGUUUCACAGCCUGGGCACUGGACAGUUCUGGUUUGGUGACAGUGAUGACAGCUCAGUCAUAAUAGCCUACAGUGGAAGCAGCAAAAGUAGUGGUUACUGCCUGGUCUUGAAGGUAACCCAGGAGCUGACACCAUGGGUGUCCUCCCUAUUCUGGUUCUCUCAGCUCUUUGUCUACUCAACGCAGCAUCUACAGAAGAUAAAGCAAAUUGUCUUUACAAUGGGAACGUGAUCAGCCAUGGAGAAACUGUGACUGAUGGCUGCAAGAUCUGUGAAUGUGACAAUGGUGAAAUUAAAGACUGCGUUGUCAAGGCUGGAUGCAUUUCCAAGAAUCUUGAAACCCAUGAUGGUGUUAGUACUAAUUUUGAAGAUGACCCCAACGUCAUUGAAAGCAGUGUGGGAAAGCAGUUAAAACGCAAAACACGAUCUAUAAAGCAAGCAAAUCUAAAUAUGGGAAAAUCAGGUAGCAAAGGUGGUGCUAAUGUGGAUGGAAAGGUUGCGGUAACCAGUGGGAUUGCUAGAAUAAAGGGCUUUGGGAUUGGAGGUAACAACAAAGGUGCCAAUGCUGAAGUAAAGGUUGAUGUAACCAGUGGAGGGGCUGAUGGAAAGAGCUUUGGGAUUGGAGGAGGUGCUGAUCUGAGUUCCAUUUUUGGAAGUGGAAAAAGUAACAACAAAGGUGCCAAUGCUGAAGUAAAGGUUGAUGUAAAAAGUGGAGGGGCUGAUGGAAAGAGCUUUGGGAUUGGAGGAGGCGCUGAUCUGAGUUCCAUUUUUGGAAGUGGAAAAAGCCAAUUAGGUGGCAUCAACAGCGGUGCAGCUUUGAAUGGAGCACAAGAAAACAAAGUCAUCGGUGUCCAAGUUGGUGCAGCUGUGAAUGGGGGACAAGACAACAAAGAUCUCUUUGGCUUGAAAGGUGGAAACAUACAGUUGGGUGGAGCCAACUUACAGACAGGGGGGCUGUUGGGUCAACAAAAGGGAAAUAUAGAGCUUGGCAAUAGUGGGAAAAUACAGACAUUGGAAAUCAAAGGAAAACAUGAAAUUAAGGGAGAAUCUGAGAAAUCAUCUGAAGAGAACAAAGAAGAUGGAAAAUAUCAUAUAGAUUUGAAAGGUGAUACACAGUUGGGUGAUGUCAAUAUAACACUGGGAGAUUUGCUUGGUCAUCUAAAUGGGAAAACAGAAAUAAGUACUGAUGAUUUGACAAAGUUAUUUCAGCUCAAUGAAACUGAAAUUAAAGGUGGAUUGGGAAAAACAUUUAAUGUAGACGGAGGAAAAUAUCAAAUUGGCCUGAAAAGUGGCAAAUCACAACUAGGUGAUACCAACCUACAGUUAGGAGGUUUAUCUGGUAAUCAAAAUGGGAAAAUAAACUUUGGUAAUGGUGGGGAGACAAGGACAUUUGAAAUCAAAGGACAACAUGAAUUUAAGGGAGGACUUGGAAUAUCAUCUGAGGAAGAUGAGGAAGGAAAAAAGAAUCAUAUAGAUUUGAAAGGUGAUACACAGUUGGGUGAUGUCAAUAUAACACUGGGAGAUUUGCUUGGUCAUCUAAAUGGGAAAACAGAAAUAAGUACUGAUGAUUUGACAAAGUUAUUUCAGCUCAAUGAAACUGAAAUUAAAGGUGGAUUGGGAAAAACAUUUAAUGUAGACGGAGGAAAAUAUCAAAUUGGCCUGAAAAGUGGCAAAUCACAACUAGGUGAUACCAACCUACAGUUAGGAGGUUUAUCUGGUAAUCAAAAUGGGAAAAUAAACUUUGGUAAUGGUGGGGAGACAAGGACAUUUGAAAUCAAAGGACAACAUGGAUUUAAGGGAGGACUUGGAAUAUCAUCUGAGGAAGAUGAGGAAGGAAAAAAGAAUCUCUUUAGCUUGAAAGGUGGAAACAUACAGUUGGGUGGAGCCAACUUACAGACAGGGGGGCUGUUGGGUCAACAAAAGGGAAAUAUAGACCUUGGUAAUAGUGGGAAAAUACAGAAAUUGGAAAUCAAAGGAACACAUGAAAUUAAGGGAGGAUCUGAGAAAUCAUCUGAAGAGAACAAAGAAGAUGGAAAAUAUCAUAUAGAUUUGAAAGGUGAUACACAGUUGGGUGAUGUCAAUAUAACACUGGGAGAUUUGCUUGGUCAUCUAAAUGGGAAAACAGAAAUAAGUACUGAUGAUUUGACAAAGUUAUUUCAGCUCAAUGAAACUGAAAUUAAAGGUGGAUUGGGAAAAACAUUUAAUGUAGACGGAGGAAAAUAUCGAACUGACCUGAAAAGUGGCAAAUUCCAAUUAGGUGAUGCCAAUCUGCAGUUAGGGGGUUUAUUUGGUAAAAAUGGGCAAAACAACUUCGAUAAUGGUGGGGAGACAAGGACAUUUGAAAUCAAAGGACAACAUGAAAUGAAGGGAGGAUUUGGGAAAAAUUCUGAGGAAAAUGAGAAAGCUAAUGGUGGAGAUCGAACUGACCUGAAAAGUGGCAAAUUCCAAUUAGGUGAUGCCAAUCUGCAGUUAGGGGGUUUAUUUGGUAAAAAUGGGAAAAUAAACUUUGAUAAUGGUGGGGAGACAAGGACAUUUGAAAUCAAAGGACAACAUGAAAUGAAGGGAGGAUUUGGGAAAAAUUCUGAGGAAACUGAGAAAGCUAAUGGUGGAGAUCGAACUGACCUGAAAAGUGGCAAAUUCCAAUUAGGUGAUGCCAAUCUGCAGUUAGGGGGUUUAUUUGGUAAAAAUGGGAAAAUAAACUUCGAUAAUGGUGGGGAGACAAGGACAUUUGAAAUCAAAGGACAACAUGAAAUGAAGGGAGGAUUUGGGAAAAAUUCUGAGGAAACUGAGAAAGCUAAUGGUGGAGAUCGAACUGACCUGAAAAGUGGCAAAUUCCAAUUAGGUGAUGCCAAUCUGCAGUUAGGGGGUUUAUUUGGUAAAAAUGGGAAAAUAAACUUCGAUAAUGGUGGGGAGACAAGGACAUUUGAAAUCAAAGGACAACAUGAAAUGAAGGGAGGAUUUGGGAAAAAUUCUGAGGAAACUGAGAAAGCUAAUGGUGGAGAUCGAACUGACCUGAAAAGUGGCAAAUUCCAAUUAGGUGAUGCCAAUCUGCAGUUAGGGGGUUUAUUUGGUAAAAAUGGGAAAAUAAACUUCGAUAAUGGUGGGGAGACAAGGACAUUUGAAAUCAAAGGACAACAUGAAAUGAAGGGAGGAUUUGGGAAAAAUUCUGAGGAAACUGAGAAAGCUAAUGGUGGAGAUCGAACUGACUUGAAAAGUGGCAAAUUCCAAUUAGGUGAUGCCAAUCUGCAGUUAGGGGGUUUAUUUGGUAAAAAUGGGAAAAUAAACUUCGAUAAUGGUGGGGAGACAAGGACAUUUGAAAUCAAAGGACAACAUGAAAUGAAGGGAGGAUUUGGGAAAAAUUCUGAGGAAACUGAGAAAGCUAAUGGUGGAGAUCGAACUGACCUGAAAAGUGGCAAAUUCCAAUUAGGUGAUGCCAAUCUGCAGUUAGGGGGUUUAUUUGGUAAAAAUGGGAAAAUAAACUUCGAUAAUGGUGGGGAGACAAGGACAUUUGAAAUCAAAGGACAACAUGAAAUGAAGGGAGGAUUUGGGAAAAAUUCUGAGGAAACUGAGAAAGCUAAUGGUGGAGAUCGAACUGACCUGAAAAGUGGCAAAUUCCAAUUAGGUGAUGCCAAUCUGCAGUUAGGGGGUUUAUUUGGUAAAAAUGGGAAAAUAAACUUCGAUAAUGGUGGGGAGACAAGGACAUUUGAAAUCAAAGGACAACAUGAAAUGAAGGGAGGAUUUGGGAAAAAUUCUGAGGAAACUGAGAAAGCUAAUGGUGGAGAUCGAACUGACCUGAAAAGUGGCAAAUUCCAAUUAGGUGAUGCCAAUCUGCAGUUAGGGGGUUUAUUUGGUAAAAAUGGGAAAAUAAACUUCGAUAAUGGUGGGGAGACAAGGACAUUUGAAAUCAAAGGACAACAUGAAAUGAAGGGAGGAUUUGGGAAAAAUUCUGAGGAAACUGAGAAAGCUAAUGGUGGAGAUCGAACUGACCUGAAAAGUGGCAAAUUCCAAUUAGGUGAUGCCAAUCUGCAGUUAGGGGGUUUAUUUGGUAAAAAUGGGAAAAUAAACUUUGAUAAUGGUGGGGAGACAAGGACAUUUGAAAUCAAAGGACAACAUGAAAUGAAGGGAGGAUUUGGGAAAAAUUCUGAGGAAACUGAGAAAGCUAAUGGUGGAGAUCGAACUGACUUGAAAAGUGGCAAAUUCCAAUUAGGUGAUGCCAAUCUGCAGUUAGGGGGUUUAUUUGGUAAAAAUGGGAAAAUAAACUUCGAUAAUGGUGGGGAGACAAGGACAUUUGAAAUCAAAGGACAACAUGAAAUGAAGGGAGGAUUUGGGAAAAAUUCUGAGGAAACUGAGAAAGCUAAUGGUGGAGAUCGAACUGACCUGAAAAGUGGCAAAUUCCAAUUAGGUGAUGCCAAUCUGCAGUUAGGGGGUUUAUUUGGUAAAAAUGGGAAAAUAAACGUCGAUAAUGGUGGGGAGACAAGGACAUUUGAAAUCAAAGGACAACAUGAAAUGAAGGGAGGAUUUGGGAAAAAUUCUGAGGAAACUGAGAAAGCUAAUGGUGGAGGGCAACUUAAUCUGGGUUUUGGACGUGGUAACCAAGAGAAGCAAGGAGAGGGGGGCAUUAACAUUCAGGGAGGAAACAAGGACUCAUCUGAAGAGGAUAAAGGAAAAUUGAAUCUGGGUUUUGGACAUGGUAGCCAGAAGAAGCAAGGAAAGGUGGGCAUUAACAUUCAGGGAGGAAGCAAGGACUCAUCUGAAGAGGAUAAAGGCCCAAUCAAUGUCAGUGGUGGAUUUAGCCAUGGUCAAAGCAGUAAUGAAAAGCGUGGAAAGGUUGAUAAUAGCAAGAGAUCAUCUCAGGAAGAUAAAGGAAAAUUGAAUCUGGGUUUUGGACAUGGUAGCCAGAAGAAGCAAGGAAAGCUGGGCAUUAACAUUCAGGGAGGAAGCAAUGACUCAUCUGAAGAGGAUAAAGGAAAAUUGAAUCUGGGUUUUGGACAUGGUAGCCAGAAGAAGCAAGGAAAGGCGGGCAUUAACAUUCAGGGAGGAAGCAAGGACUCAUCUGAAGAGGAUAAAGGUCGAAUCAAUGUCAGUGGUGGAUUUAGCCAUGGUCAAAGCAGUCAUGAAGAGGUUGAUAAUAGCAAGAGAUCAUCUCAUGAAGAUAAAGGAAAAUUGAAUCUGGGUUUUGGACAUGGUAGCCAGAAGAAGCAAGGAAAGGUGGGCAUUAACAUUCAGGGAGGAAGCAAGGACUCAUCUGAAGAGGAUAAAGGCCCAAUCAAUGUCAGUGGUGGAUUUAGCCAUGGUCAAAGCAGUAAUGAAAAGCGUGGAAAGGUUGAUAAUAGCAAGGGAUCAUCUCAAGAAGAUAAAGGAAAAUUGAAUCUGGGUUUUGGACAUGGUAGCCAGAAGAAGCAAGGAAAGCUGGGCAUUAACAUUCAGGGAGGAAGCAAUGACUCAUCUGAAGAGGAUAAAGGAAAAUUGAAUCUGGGUUUUGGACAUGGUAGCCAGAAGAAGCAAGGAAAGGCGGGCAUUAACAUUCAGGGAGGAAGCAAGGACUCAUCUGAAGAGGAUAAAGGUCGAAUCAAUGUCAGUGGUGGAUUUAGCCAUGGUCAAAGCAGUCAUGAAGAGGUUGAUAAUAGCAAGAGAUCAUCUCAUGAAGAUAAAGGAAAAUUGAAUCUGGGUUUUGGACAUGGUAGCCAGAAGAAGCAAGGAAAGGUGGGCAUUAACAUUCAGGGAGGAAGCAAGGACUCAUCUGAAGAGGAUAAAGGUCGAAUCAAUGUCAGUGGUGGAUUUAGCCAUGGUCAAAGCAGUCAUGAAGAGCAUAGAAAGGUUAAAAAUAACAAGGGAUCAUCUCAUGAAGGUAAAGAAAAUGGCAGUGAUAGCCAUGAGAAUAAUGGGAAGCAUGAAGGAAAACACAAGGGAAGACAUGACUCUUCAGAGAAAAAAAAAAAUGGCAGUGAUAGCCAUGAGAAUAAUGGGAAGCAUGAAGGAAAAAACAAGGGAAGAAAUGACUCUUCAGACAAAAAAAAAAAAUGGCAGUGAUAGCCAUGAGAAUAAUGGGAAGCAUGAAGGAAAAAACAAGGGAAGAAAUGACUCUUCAGACAAAAAAA